GGUAACGUGGUGGGGCAGUCGGUGCGCGUGGGAGGAGGAACGGCACGCCAGUGGAGUCCGGGAAGUCGAGCAGCGCAGACGCGUUGUGCGCCGUACGUUCCUCGUAAAGUCCAGCGACAGUAAUCGACAACGACGAUCAGCGUUGUAUCAGUCCAGGGUGGAGAUACGAGAGUGACAAUUCGCCGCGGGACUUCGAAAAAAUUUUCCGCGCUAACAGAUAUCGCAUUCGCACGAUUACCCCGAGGGGAGAGGUGGAGGCGCCCCCGCUCGCCGUCGCGAGCCAAUAUGUCGAUACGAAAGAACGUUUGGUGACAGAAAAAGGACAAGGAGGAGACAAGGACGAAGUGAGGAACGAGAAACGUAAUAAUAUGCCUAAUUGUCGCGAGUGAGGGUGAGGAUUUUCUCGGCUUUCCUUAAAAAAAGAGAGGAAAGUGGAGGACCCUGGUGACACGAACCGUCAAAAAAAUCGUGACAGAGAGAAAGAGAGCACGAAUCGAUCGGAGUAAGAAGAUCGGAGUAACAAGAGAUCGGACGCGUACGAGUAAGUGUCGUCGCGCGCGCGAGGAGGGAUGCCUACGAAGGGGGAGAGGGGAAAAGCGACGGACUUCAGCAUCGCGGCCAUCAUGGCGCCCAGGGGUCCGUCCUUCGGGCAUUACCACCUGCAGGGCAUCGGCAACGCUGCUGCCACCGCUAAUACCAGCCUGGAAUGUUCAGCCGACAAUGGAUUCGUUGCUGGAUCGGCAUUGGAUCACCGAGUUCAAUCGCCGGUAAACAUCGUCGCGACAGCGACGGUGGUAACGGAGGAGGCUCUCCUGGGUGACGAGGAGACUGAGAACUGCGAGGGCGAGAGUGAGAGCACCGAAAAAUCCGCAAAUGAGGAAGACGAAGAGGUGGACGUUGACGUGGAGGAGUGUAGCAGUGUCGACGACGGUCCGGUUCAUGGGGUGCUGGCUGAUGACUUGACCGGGGUCGGCACGCCCUCGCGGAAGUGCAACGUGGAUAGCGGUUGCAACGUGGAUGAAAGGAAGCAGCAACGUCUGAGGACCAGCUGCAACUCUGACGAGCUGCGUGAUAUCGAGUGCCACCUCGAGACCAAGGAGCUGUGGGACAAGUUCAAUGAUCUCGGCACGGAGAUGAUCAUUACGAAGACUGGCCGACGGAUGUUUCCGACGUGCCGGGUAUCCUUCACUGGGCUCAAGUCGGAAGGCCGUUAUGCAGUAUUGAUGGACAUUGUGCCGGUCGACAACAAGAGAUAUCGAUACGCUUAUCAUCGUAGUUGUUGGUUGGAAGCCGGCAAAGCGGAUCCGCCAGCGCCAGCACGACUUUACACACACCCAGAUUCACCCUUUACCGGUGAGCAACUAAAGAAACAGGUCGUCUCUUUCGAGAAGGUGAAGCUAACGAACAACGACAUGGACAAGCACGGGCAGAUCGUGCUGAACUCGAUGCACAGGUAUCAGCCCAGGAUACACUUGGUCCGCUGUCGACACACCAACGACAGCAGCUUGCUCAUCACCGACCUCCAGAAGGAGGAGCACAAGACGUUUAUCUUUCCGGAGGCCAUUUUUACCGCCGUCACGGCGUAUCAGAAUCAGCUGAUAACGAGACUGAAGAUUGAUAGUAAUCCGUUCGCCAAGGGAUUUAGAGAUUCUUCAAGACUCACCGACUUUGAUCGAGAUCCUAUGGAGCUUAUGGAACAGCAACUAGUGAGAUGUGGCGUACCUCCAGUGAGACUUUACGAGCACCUCGCCAUGUCAUCGCCGGUCGUGGUGGCCGCUGCCGCAGCCGCGACGCUGGGCGCUCAGCAGCAACAGCAGCAGCAGCAGCAGCAACACCACCAGUCGUCCGCACAGCAACAGCAACAGCACGAGAGCGGCGGACACGCGUUGACGGCCUGGCUGUCGCCGUCGACAGCGCUCUUGUACGGCACUAGGGGCGCAGCCGGCUCGCCCUCGCCCUACCCCACCGCUGCUGUCGCAGCCACCGGUUUCCCGUAUCCGACGACGCUACCGUGGCCCUGGCAACCACCACCCCCCGUCGCGAUGAUCUCGCGACGGUCCUCGCCCCCCACCGCAACCAGCCUGAGGUACGUGCCCUAUCCACCGACGGCCAGCACACCCCCGCCGCUGAGGACACGCCCGCCCUCCCCCAAUUAGCGUUCCCCGCUGACGUUGGCGACUCGGCGACUGCGGCAGCAUCGUUCCUUCUCCCUCUGUCUGUGAUCAGGUGGAAUCGGCACGAACAUCAGAACUGGAAUCUAUGAUGUCUCGAGAUGUUUUUAUCUCAUAAGGAUACAAUAGCGCGCGUAUACGCGUGUUAUCGUCAUAGACGAAUCGGGUUAAUGGCAUGGAUGACGAUAUAGAAGUAAGUGACACCUCGUUGCACUUUAAGUUAUUAUAGCCGUGAAAAAACGUAAAUGGAAUUAGAUUUUAAUGAUGAUGAAAUGAUCAUGAAUUAUUUGUGUCCACGAUGUUAGAAAUCGAUCCGAGAUCUCGAAUCAACAAAGGAAAAAUUCACAAUUGCGGUGAUUACUGAUUAAUCGUAUUGAUUAAUUGAAAGUAACUAAAAGUAAAAGAUUGAUCAAUUUUUCGUUCGUCCGAAAUCUCGAAUCGAUUUAGCAUUAUAUAAAAUUUAAUACACAAAUAAAAAAUAAACACUGAUGAAUCUGUGCAAUAGAUAUACAUUAAUAUGAAUGGAGUUUUACAUAUUGUUAUAUGUUCCUUUGAAUAUUUAUGAUUAUUCUUCAAGUUAACUAGAAAAUUAAAUUUUCUAGUUAAAU